AUGCCGCUGCACGCCGGCCGGCUCCGCGCAGGAGCCACGGGAAAGCGGGGCCCGGGGCUGCGGGCAAGCUGGGACCUGCGCCCCACUCCCCACUGCACGCCCGGCCCGCACCCCCCCGCAGGGGCACCGGCCCCCCGGCCCCCGCGCCCCGGCUCGGCGGCGGACUCAGCCUGCAGCCUGGAGCCGGGAGGUGAAGAGGAAGAAGGGGGGGGCCCGGCUGCCCGCUCCCCCCCAGCCAGCGAGCGCAGCCUGGAGUUCGACUCGGGGUAUUCAGAGGCGUCGGGGGGCACGUGGCGGGAGGAGGAGGUGGUGCCCGUGCGACGCCGGCACCCCCCGCCCUGCCAACGGGCACACCGGCUCUCCGCCGGCCCCGCUGCCCCACCACCCGCCCCCACCCGCCGUGUCCGCCCCAAAUCCACCUCGGACGCCUGCCUGGAGCAGUGGCGGGUGUUGGAGCCAGGUGACGCGCAGGACUGGACCGUGGCGCUGCUGUCACAGAGCCGGAACCGGCAGCCCCUGGUGCUGGGUGACAACUGCUUCGCCGACCUGGUGGAGAACUGGAUGGACCUGCCCGAAGUGGGCACCGAAACCCGGCGCCGAAACCCCACCGAGCCCACCCGCCGGCUGGCCAAGCCCCCCGCCUUCCUGCUCAGCCUCUCGGGCAACGUACGCCGAAAACUGGCCAACAUGGCCCGGCCCCGAGGAGCUGAUGGUGCCCGGCCAGCAGGUCGCGAAGCCACCAAGCGUUUCUCCUGCCCCCUGGGACUGGGGGGGCAGCCCAAAGGCGCCUGCUUCCACCAGUCCCACAGCAACAAACCCCGGUUUUGUAUGGUUCGGGCACAGCGAUGUUUGUCGGGGUUGGGGGGGGGGCCUGUACCCCAACUCUGGGCAGGGGCAAGCAGGGUUUGGGGUUUUUUUGAGACAAGGGCCAAUGCACCAGAGCUCAGCUGA